UGUCGGGCUCGGGCGCCUACGGGCUGGGGCUUGGCCAACGAGCGGCUGCGGGCUCUGGAGGAGCUGGAGCGAGAGAUCGGCGCGGCCAUGCAGAGCGCGGGCACAGUGAUCCUGGAGCUGUCGAAGGAGAAGCCCAACUGGAGCCUGCUGGAGCGCCAGACCUCCCAGUUCAUGGGCUCCGUCCAGAAGGUGGAGUCGGAGCUCUCCGCCCAGAUCCGCUACCUGACGCAGGUGGCCACAGGGCAGCCCCACGAAGGCUCCAGCUACUCGGCCCGCAAGGACUGCCAGAUGGCCCUCAAGAGGAUCGACUACGCCCGGGUCAAGCUGGGAGAAGUCUCCCGGACCUGCGAGCAGAUGCUGGAGCAGUGAGGCCGAGGCGCAGAGGGGAGGCCUCUCCCGGGUGGCCCCUCCUGGCCGCCAGCACUUGCCAGGCUGCUCUUUGUGGACAAAGGACUCUGAGCAGCCUACCUGCGGAGCAGACUGGAGCAACCCUGCGGGGCAGAAGAGGAACAGCAACGUCUCUGUCGCCUUUUCCAGUUUCAUACCUUUACUUCCUCCUCUUUGGCUUCUUUCCCCGGAACAAACUUGUGAUAUUUAUGAAGCGCUCCCCCCCCCCUUUUUUUUACACAAAACGUUUGUUAAUUUUUCAACAGAUUCGCGGUAUGCACAUUUCCAUUAAAUGAGAUCUGCCAGAAGGGCA